GGUGUUUACACUGCGCAGCUGAGCAAUUUCACACAAUAUCUCUUUGUAUCCGCAUAUUGAGCCGCUGAGUUUGGUCGCAGUUAUCGUAUUUUAAUGGGGGCACACGGGGUUUUGGGCAACGAGCCCGAGUCUAUAGACUACUCUGUGCAUGAAGCCUGGAAUGAGGCCACCAAUGUCUAUCUGCUGGUUAUCCUGGUCAGCUUCGGCCUGCUGAUGUACGCCAGAAAAAACAAGAGGAAGAUCAUGCGUAUCUUUACUCUGCCUCCUACCGCCGGGAGCAACCCGGAGCCCAACUUCUAUGACAGCCUGCAGAAGGUCCGCCUGAGACAGCAGCUGGAAAUGUACUCUAUGGCCAGGAAAUUUGAACAGCAGCAGCAACAGGGCCAGACAGACAGUGUGCAGCUCUCCAUGGAAUGAGAGCACGAGGGCACUCAUCCCUUUCUGUCUGAGUCAACACUCCCACCGUCAUCAAGCCCCUCUGCACACAGAUAGGAAGCCACAUGGGAUGGCUGUCGAGACUGACUAGAGCCCAGAGAAAGAGGCUACUCCCGUGCUGGUUGCUGCUGUUUUUGUUGUCUGUUGUUCGUCUGUACGUAUGGAGCAGAUACAGCCGGACUGAUGAAGAAGCCAGGAAGUGCUCGGGGGAGUCUGGAAUCUUGCAGGUUCGCUGUAUGAGGCACAGCAAUGACAUGAACUUGGUGAGAGGAUUUAUAAACCUGUAACUGCAGCAGAUGUCACUGAGGUAUAUUCAGUGCCAUGUGGGGGUAAAAAUGUCCACCACAAGGAGUACCUUUCAAAUCAAACAAGAUUUUUUUUUUUUUAACUUCUCUGUUAGAUGAUUUAAAUAGUAAAAUUAAAUGUCUUAAAUGUGAAAAUAAUAAAAUCACACAAACCUG